UGAGCCAAUCAGCUGGGAGCUGAUGUAAAGCUGUGGGGUUGACGUCAUUGUCCUGGCAUUCCAAGUAUUGGAGCCCGGAAAUAAGGUGGAAGGAGGGAGGAUACCGAGAGUUCUUAGUCCCCACCGGUGUCUGUGUCCGUGUGAGGAGCUCAUCGAACCCGGCAGGAUGAGCGGAUUCCGGCAGGAGAAUGUGGAGGACUUCUUCGAGAUGGGAGAGGAGCUGGGGAGGUGAUAGAAAUGAUAAUCUAUGACAUUAUCCAUAUAUUGUGUCAGUCUGUAUUGUAUUUCUCUCUCUUAUUGUCCUAUUAUUAUUAUUAUUAUUAUUUAUUACUCCACUUCAUAUACUUUUUAGUAGCUUCACUUCUUUAAUUUAUUAUUAUUAUUAUUAUUAUUAUUAUUAGUAUGUAUGAGAGAGACUCACAUUUGACGGUAAUGUAGGGGCUGAUUCUCUAAACAUCGCAUUGUGUUUAAUAUUGAAUUGAUUAAAAUUUGUCAAAAGAGCUGAUUGGAAAAAAAAAAAAUGAAAUAUUUUUUUUUAGAUUUGCUACAAUUAAAUUAUUAAAGGUUUACUUCAACUACCAUGAUCACUUCAGUGGUUUGAAGUGGUUAUGGUGAUAGGAGUAUCUAAUGUGCGGUGUACAUGCUGAGUGAUCGGCACCUUUGUGUGGGGGGGCCAGUUACACAUGUAGCACGUCUGGUCUGUUCCGGGAUGCCUAAUGUCAAUUCUGUGCAUGUUUCACAUCUGUCGUUGGUGCACACAGCGUGCUGACAACAGAUGUAAAGAUCUUUUCCUUUGCAGACAGAACACCUUCAAAGCUAAAUCAGCUCUGCCCUCCUGCCAUUGCUGACAUAGUUUUAUUUUUUGUUUUAGUUUUAUAUCCUCCCUACUCCCUCUCUGGCUCAGAGUGCUUAUGUUCACUUUGAACGGUCGAAAUGGCUCAAUCACAGGCUUCCCUGUGAGUAGCCUGUGAUUGGACCUCGCACAGCGGCCCUGAGGUCACAAAGAAGUGUAGAAAGCAUGAGCUUUGCCUGGCACUGGGUUUCGGGUAAGCUAUAACUUUAUUUUAUACUUUUUUAGUUAAGGCUGGAGGACAUAAAGUAUAAUGCCCUAUAGGGAAUUGUACUUAAAAAAAACAUAGAUAUUAAAAAAAAAAAAAUAAGUCGGUCUAACCCUGUAAAUGAAUAAGUCAGCAAUAAUUAUUGGUAUGUGCAUAGUGCCAACCUAUUCCGGUAUAGCUUUACAAUAUUAUGAAAGGGGAGAAAUGUAAAGGGAUACUACAGUCACCACACCAACUAAAGCUCAUUGUAGUUGUUCUGGUGAAUAUAGUCAGUCCCUGCAGGCAUUUAAAUAUUAUUAAAGAUUUUUACAUUUUGUUUUAGUUCCUCCUCCCUGCUUCUUACCUGGCCAGGGAGGGGGGAUAUGGCAUUCCCUGGUAGUCUGGUGGCAUGGACUCUGCAGAGGGGGCCCAGCAAUACUCUUAAUUCCCUUCCCAGCAGCUCCCUUCAGCUCCCCUGUCUAACUCUCGGGGCCAGAGUGCUGCGCAGAGUGUUGCCAUGGUAAACAGUGGCAACGCUCUGACAGUCGCGGGACUCGAGAGCUGAAGGGAGCUGCUGGGAAGGUAAGACACAGUGUGCUGCGGGCCCUCCAGGACCGCCGGGCCCAUGACAACCGUCUCGGUUGUCAUGCCCUAAUGGCGGCCCUGGUCUGCAUUAUUGGCAAUAUCGGUAUCUGUAUAGGCCGAUACCGAUAUUGCUGAAAAUUUGGGAUAUCGGCUGUGCAGUGGGAGCACAGCAAGCUCUUACUUACUUUCCCAGCAGAUCCCUUCAGCUCCCCUGUGUAACUCUUGCGGUCUGUGUGCCGUUUGGAGCAUUGCCAUGGUAACCCGUGGCAAUGCUCUGACGGCCGCGGGACUCGUGAGAUCUAGACAGGGGAGCUGAAGGGAGCUGCUGAGAAAGUAACGAAGUGCUACCUGCGGGCCUUCCAGGACCGCCGGGUUUGUAAUGGGCCCAGCGGUCCUGGUAUGUAUUAUCGGCAUCUCUAUUGGCCGAUAUUUCUGAAAAUACAGAAUAUCGGCCGAUUUAUAUCGGCCAGACCGAUAAUCGGUCGAUCCCUACUUUUGACCAAAGAGUACUUAAAGGGUUACUACAACCCUUUUUGAGAGGGGAAACUUUGUGGUGUAAUAUUCCCUACUGGGUUCUAUGGAUAAGGCCACCCUUCACUAUGCAGUAAAACCUUGAAUCCAGCGCCACUCAAACCUCCUGGCGGUGACUUCCAGGCACCUCUCUGACGUCACAACGGUGGUCCAAUCACUGAUGCACUGAAAAGAGGUAUUUAGGUAUAGGCUUUAAAAUAUUAACUUAAAAAAAAUCUUAAUAGUUUUUCUUUAAGGACGGCAUUCAACUUAGUACAGCCCUGUGAUAAAUGAGAAGAUCUAUCAAAGUGUUGUGUUCUGAAAAGUGGUGCAUAAAAAGGAGUUACAAUUGUGUCUGCUGGUUGAACUGUUUUGAUUUUUUUUUUGUUUGUUUUUUUUAUAUUUGCCCCAUUUAUUUUGCUCCAUUUUUUAAGAACACAUCACUUUAAUCUCCCCCAGUGUGUUCAUGGCACACUCUGAGGUUGCCUGAGGCACCUCAUUGUGCCAUGGCAUACUAGUUGAAAACCACUAUUCUACUCCAUGUCUCUGACCGUAAUAACUCAAUUUACUCAUCUAUUUAAAAAACACUACUUAUCUCUUCCAUAUUUUCAGUACUUGCUCUAAGUAAAUUGGUGUUCAGUGAUCUGAUCCAUCACCUCUACCUCGCAGGCUCGCUGCAUGGGUGUUCUUUUUGACUCCAACCUCUCCUUCACCGCUCAUGUCCAAUCAUUUGUCAAAUCCUGUCGCUUCCAUCUCAAAAACAUAUCGCGCAUCCACCCCUACUUAACCCCGGAUGCGGCUAAGGUGCUGGUCCAUGCUCUUGUUCUCUCUCGCCUGGACUACUGCAAUACUCUUCUCAGUGGUCUUACGUGUUCCCAGAUUGCACCGUUGCAAUCUAUAAUGAAUGCGGCAGCAAGGCUCUUUUUCCUGUCCGCCCACCCCUCCCAUGCCUCCCCACUCUGUCAGUUCCUGCAUUGGCUUCCAGUUGCAUAUAGGGCUCAAUUUAAAAUUAUGGUGCUUGCUUGCAAGUCUCUACAUAAGUUGCUCCAACCUACCUAUUCUCCCUAAUACACAAGUAUGUCCCGUUGAGGCCCCUACACUCUGCCAAAGACCUAGGUAUAUCCUCUGUCUGUACUCCCACCUCUAAUGCUCGCCUCCAAGACUUUUCCAGGGCUGCACCUCUUCUAUGGAACUCCCUUUCCUUCUCCGUAAGAAUUUCACCCAGUCUCCACUCAUUCAAAAAAUCAUUGAAAACUCACUUCUUCAAGAAAGCAUAUCAAUUAAACUGUUAGCAGGUUUUCAUCCCCCACCCUUCAUGACUCCUCUCUUGCAACUGUCAAAAAUUACCUACUAAGCUCUCAAUUAAUGCUUUUCUAUGAACCUACAUCGUACCCCUACUUUACCCUUUGUGUCUCUAUACCCCACUCCCUCUAAAAUGUAAGCUCAUGGAGCAGGGCCCUCCACCCCUCUGUUCCUGUACGUCCAGUUGUCUGGUUACAAUAACAUGUCUGUUAGUCCACCCAUUGUACAGCGCUACGGAAUCUGAUGGCGCUAUAUAAAUAAUAAAAUUAUAAUCUGAUGCAAGUCCAAUGCUAAAGAUAUGCUACUUUGCUAAACAAUAGGGAUACAUGGAUAUAACUUAAUUACACAAUAGGCAGCAAUUAACUAAAGCUGACUUUAAAGGACCAGUUUGAGUGCCAUAACAACUUCAUCGAUAUUAAGGGUGACAGGAGGUUUAUGGCACUGUCCCACCUUAAACCGACAUUGAAUGGUUUAACCCCAAAGUCUGUGUUACAUUGCCAAUUCUCUCUUCUCCACUGCCCUUACAUUUGUUAAAAAUCUGGAAAACUCAGACAGCGAUGCUGAUUAGCGGUGCUGCUGGCCACCAGUUCCAGUUUCCAGAUUCUGGGCAAGCAAAAGGACAGAGGGACAUAGUGAUUCGGCGCUGGAGCACAGAAUUUGGGGUUAAACCAGUAGCGUGCGAUUUAACCUCUAAAGAUGAGCCAGGGACCAAUGAAGUUGUUAUGGUGCCUUGAGUGUUCCUUUAGGUGUUAAUGCACAACUUGCAAUACCAAACGCUGACCAAUUACAUUCUUUUAUUUGGUACAUGUUGUUUGAUGUGUAAUCCAUCAUAUAACUUUUUUCAGAAAUGUAUUUACUUUCUUUUUUUUCCCUUUUUUUCUUUUUUUCUUUUUUCUUUUAGCGGUCAGUUUGCCAUUGUGCGAAAAUGCCGUGAGCGCCGGACAGGUAUGGAGUAUGCAGCUAAGUUUAUCAAGAAGCGUCGACUGUCAUCCAGCCGUCGUGGGGUCAGCAAGGAAGAAAUUGAGAGGGAAGUUGACAUCUUGAGAGAGAUUCAACACCCAAACAUUAUCACUCUGCACGAUGUGUUUGAGAAUCGCACAGAUGUGGUUCUGAUACUUGAAUUAGUGUCUGGAGGGGAGCUGUUUGACUUUUUGGCACAGAAGGAGAGUUUGAGUGAGGAAGAAGCAACCAUGUUCUUAAAACAGAUUUUGGAUGGUGUCCACUAUCUGCAUGACAAAUGCAUUGCACAUUUUGAUCUCAAGGUAUGACUCAUUAUUUUGUGUUAUCUCAUAGUUUUAAUGUUACAAAUUCUGUUCCAGUAAAUAAUGAUACAUGGCUUUGCUCCCUGUCCACACAUGUUUUUAUAGUGACCAAUCAUACUAAUUUAAAAACCAAAUCAUAUGUGUUCCACAUUAAUGCCUUUAGUAGUAUUGUAUUCUUUAAUGCUAGUUACAGUAAAGUGCAUGUAUUUCAGUACUGGCUAUUCUACAUUAGUUAUUUAGAUAAUGCCAUAAACCUAAUCUGCGGCAUUGUACAUUAGGUAAAUCAGACAAAUGAUUAUAACAAGACAUGACAUUCGACUUGGGACUUGUUUAAACAAGUUACAUCAUAAAAUACACCCAUUGAUUUCUUCUGGGAAAAGUGAAGUAUGUGCUUUAAGUUGACUUGUAGAUAUAUGCUAUCUAUCACAUGUGACAAAAUGAAAUUUUUGUCACAGUGGUAGGGAAAGGUGAAAUGAUAGGAAAUAAUUGUUUCCAGGAUUAUCUAUGUAUUUUAGAUCCUAUACAGACUGUGUCUUUAAUAGUGGAAAUUCACACACCUCUAUCUUUCCUACAGCCAGAGAACAUCAUGUUGCUGGACCAAAGCACUCCUAACCCAAGGAUAAAACUCAUAGAUUUUGGAAUUGCUCACAAAAUACAAGCUGGAAAUGAGUUCAAAAAUAUCUUUGGAACUCCAGAAUUUGUAGGUGGGUUACAUACCAGUGUGUGUAUGUGUUUUACCGUGUCCAUUUGUGAUUUAAUAUUUAAUAUAUAAAUAUAAAUUUUUUUAAAAUUUUUUUUUUUCCUUUUCUUCUUCUAUAGCUCCUGAAAUUGUGAACUAUGAACCACUGGGUUUGGAGGCUGAUAUGUGGUAAGACUGCAUCUGUUGUUUGUGAUUCAAGGGGAAACCUACAGAAACUGUUACGCGAAUUCAUUGUACAAAGCAGAGUUACAGGUCACAUUGUUCUGGAUCAAUCACGGCACAACCCUGUCUCCUCAUCCCCUGCUAAUGCCCCAUUCACUGCUGUUCAGUUAUAGCGGGAGCGAAUGAUCUGUUUGUGAAACUCCAAUAUACACAACACUAUCAUAGUGAACAGCCAGCGAGGUGAGAGGCGCUUACUAGUCAGGUUGAUGUAAGUGUUGGAGACAUACAGACACUAUGGGGGGACACUAGUUAUUCACUAAACACCAAAUUUUCGCAGAUUAAAUCCGAAGAGUAAAAUGGUGACAAAGUUGUAGAAUUUUUCAUAUCUGCUUUUUAAAUUUUAGAUCCUAUCCAGACAAAGGAGGAAAGAAUGGGUUUCAAAUACACCUUUUCAUUCAGACCUUGGUCCUCUGCUUAACCGAAUGAUCAUAUUCAUUUAAACAUGCCUUGACUUUGAACACCUAAACUCUCCAUGUAAAUAAACCCAGACACUCGCACAGAUAUAUUACAUUCACUUCACAGUUAACUAGGACAUUGAAUAUGCAGAGUCUGAGUCCCAGAAUAUUUCUUAACAAGAUAAAGGGGGAUACAGGUAGUAACAUUUGGCCCUGAUUUGCUCACAAAAUACUCUAGACACCUAGACCAUCUCAAUGAAGUAGUCUGGGUGCCAUGUCUUUUUCAUUUUCAUCCUGCAGUUGUAAACAUUGUUUUGCAGGAAUGGUAAUGUUUUCAUUGCAGGGUUAACACGUCUCUAGUGGCUAUCAGGGAAACAGCAAUUAGAGGUGCUAUAAACUCUGUUAUCGCUCAAAUGACUCUCAUUGAGAUUAUUUGAUUGGCGCAGUGUAGUGUUUUGCUGUGCAUGAUCAUUCGCUUUCUAACGCAAAGCAUUGGUUUAUCUGAGCUCAGUCAACAAAAAGGCAGAUCAGUCACUGCAAAAGGGGGGAGGGGGGACACAUAGAUUGGUAGGGGACACUAUAGCACUACUUUGCAAAGUAUUGUGGAAAUUGAACCUGGGAGAGUUGGUUUGUGUGGGAUUAAACACCUGCAACUUCUUACCACUUUCAGCUGUUGGGUGAAGGGGAAACUUGGGGACCAAAACUACAACUGUUGGCGUGAGUGCCACUCGUUCUCCAAGCUAUGGUUGGAUACGUUCUAAACUUGGCUCUAUGAUGUACCAUAUCAUUACAGAGCAAGCACUUGCUAAAGCCCAGCUUUCUCUGGCACUACUAUAAUCCAGGGAUGAAGCCCCUUCCUCCAGUAAUCAAGUAUGAUGGAUGGUGAUAGGUAGAAAAGUGUUGGGUUAGAAAGAGGGUGAUAUGUAUGUGGAGAGAAAGAGAGGCGUGGGGAAAAUUGGAAUGAUCAGGAAGUGGAAAAAUUACAGUUGAGGUAAAGAAGUAUAUGUACAUUCCUGCAUGCAUACACACCGCCACAACCCUACAUUUAUAGACCUGUGAAGACACCCCACAGAAAUACACGUUUUCGUUCACAUCUGUAUUGGUCGCACGUCUGUUAUAGCUGAUGUUGCAGCUGUACUCCAUCUAGUGGCAAAACCUAAAAUUGCCCCUAAUGAAAUAAUGCAUUACAGGGCUAGUAAUUGUUAGUGGUUAUUGGUCUCAUCUGGAUGAUGCCUAUAUAAACCUGAGAAUCAUACACUGUAACGAGAACAGUAUGUGAUUGGUCCCUGACUUGGAAUUCUGACCUAUCCCACUACGAUGUCCGUCCUUCUCCUCCAACACCAGGUACCCCAAUAGUCUUCUAGGCAGGAAUCAAUCCCUCUGCCUGCUCUGCCAGGAAUUGCAAGUAACUGGGCUGCUACAGGGGGUCUGAGCUUGGGAGGGUGUCAGUGUUGAGGACUGCACCUCUGGUGGGUACAGACCAUAUGAAGCACUCCCUUUCAGUCAACACUCACUAAUGGAGUCAGAGCACAGCCGCUGAGAUUCCCAGCCUGCUUUUGACUUACUGACCACCGGGACCAUGAUGCUGACUUUGCUGAGAUUAUUGUGGUGUGCACCCACAAGAAGUGUAGACCACAUGCCAAUACAUUCAACCUCCAGUGAAUAUAACCACUGCUUGACCCCACAACCUGCAAUAAAAAAACGAGCAAACCGUUUACACACAGACAUUAUGGGGGGACACUAGUUAUUCACUAAACACCAAAUGUUCGCAGAUUACAUCUGAAUAGUAAAAUGGUGACAAAGUUGUAGAAUUUUUCAUAUUGGCUUUUUAAAUUUUUAAAAAAGUUUUUAGUGAAUAAAUGUGCACGGCUUUUGGCAUGAGGUCCAAUCAGAAAUUUUGUGUAUCAGGACAAGUAGAUUGUCAUGAUGUACAAGUGGGCUGGAGUACUGCUUUAGCACUUUAGACCAGUAGUUAAUUUAUCAGCACUAAAGGAAGUGCAUUCUAUUCGAAGGGAGGUUUUUAGGCUAUAUGUGUAUGACAAACCAGCAGCUAAUUGUCAAACAAAAUAGUCUUGAUUUUCAUUACUUUAGCAUAUAUCGGGAAAAGCAAAGAGGUGACCAAUCUCUGCAUAAACCAUCUCUAUUUUGCCUAUACUACAUGUUUAAAGGAACACUGUAGGUCUUUAUCUUAGUUUGUGUCCGUGCCCCCAACCUGUCCCAUUAGUGUCCCUGUCUCCCACUCACCCCAAUUAGUGACUCUGCUGUAGCUCACCAAUUGGUGUGUCUGCUCCAUAUUGCUCGUCCUGGUGUCCAAACAGUCAGAGAGGCAUACGAUAAGUCCCGCCCCCUUCACAAAGCCUUUGACAUGCAGUAGCACUAAUCUAAAGACAUUGAUUUCUAAUAUAUGAUUCAAUUCUUGUUUUAGGAGCAUCGGAGUGAUCACCUACAUUCUGUGAGUAUAUUCUGUAAUCGAUACAACAUGGUAGUUAGAUGGGCUCCUUUUAAGGGACCUGUUUUUGUUUGAUGCCCGCAAUAUGUAUUCAUACAUACUAAUGAUGGGGUUUGUAUUUGUACAUACUGUAAAUUUAUGCCAGAGUAACAUCGAAUGUGACGGCAGAUAACCAUUCGACCCAUCUAGUCUGCCCAAUUUUCUAAAUACUUUCAUUAGUCCCUGGCCUUAACUUAAAUCUAGGAUAGCCUGAUGCCUAUCUCACGAAUGCUUAAACUCCUUCACUGUGCACUGUGUUAACCUCUACCACUUCAGCUGGAAGGCUAUUCCAUGCAUCCACUACCCUCUCAGUAAAGUAAUACUUCCUGAUAUUAUUUUUAAACCCUUGCCCCUCUAAUUCUAUGUCCUCAAAUUAGAGGGGCAAAGAUUUAAAAAUAAUAUCGGGUAUUGAGUAAAUUGCUAAAAGAUUGCCAUUUAAUUAAUUUGCAUUAAUAUCUUUGUAGUUAAUUUAGUUUUUUUUAUUCAAAAGUGAGAUCUCCUCUGCAUGCUUAUUGUUUUUUUGGGUUGUGUGAUUAUUAUUUAUUACUCCUGUUUAUUCUUAUUUUUAUUUAUUUAUUUAUUUAUUUUCUGCUUUACAUAGUCUCAGCGGAGCAUCUCCCUUUCUGGGAGAGACAAAGCAGGAAACCUUAACAAAUAUUUCUGGUGUUAAUUAUGAUUUUGAUGAGGAAUACUUUAGCAAUACAAGUGAAUUGGCCAAAGAUUUCAUCCGACGACUGUUGGUGAAGGACCCCAAGUGAGUGCUUUGUUUAAUGUCUCAACUGUGCCACUGGUUAAUUGUAAGGUAUUUUAAAGGCAUUUUUAAAAUUUACAGAUCAAAGAUGAACUUUUCCUGGAAACAUAACUGUUCUUUAUUUCUCUCUUAGGAAACGGAUGACAAUUGAUCAAAGUUUGGAGCAUUCAUGGAUUAAGGUUAGUAAAAAGAGAGAUUUGGAAUACAAAUUUUUGUUCUUAAAAUCUCAAAUCUUUAGAAGGCAGCUAAGGUGCUGGUCCAUGCUCUUGUUCUCUCUCGCCUUGACUACUGCAAUACCCUUCUCAGUGGUCUUACAUGUUCCCAGAUUGCACCGCUGCAAUCUAUAAUGAAUGCGGUGGCGAGGCUCAUUUUCCUGUCCGCUCGCACUUCCCCACGCCUCCCCGCUCUGUCAGUCCCUACAUUGGCUUCCAGUUAGAUAUAGGGCUCAAUUUAAAAUUCUGGUGCUUGCUUACAAAUCCCUACAUAAUGCUGCUCCAACCUACCUAUCCUCCCUAAUACACAAGUAUGUCCCGUCGAGGCCCCUACGCUCUGCCAAUGACCUACAUAUAUCCUCUGUCCGUACGCCCACCUCUAAUGCUCGCCUCCAAGAUUUCUCCAGGGCUGCACCUCUUCUGUGGAACUCCAUUUCCUUCUACCUAAGACUUUCACCCAGUCUCCACUCAUUCAAAAAUGUAUUGAAAACUCACUUCUUCAAGAAAGCAUAUAAAUUAAACCGUUAGCAGGUUAUUAUCCCCCACACCCCAUGACUCCUCUCCUGCAACUGUCAAAAAUCACCUACUUAGCCCUCAGUGAAUACUUUUCUAACAACCUACUUCAUAACCCUACUUUUACUCUUUGUGUCACUAUACCCCACUCCCUCUAGAAUGUAAGCUCAUUAAGCAGGGCCCUCCACCUCUCUUGUACGUCCAGUUGUCUGGUUACAAUUACAUGUCUGUCAGUCCACCCAGACAUGGAAUCUGAUACAACAGCGCUACGGAAUCUGAUGGCACUAUAUAAAUAAUAAUAUAGUGUAACAGACUACAGAAGCAUCUUAAAAUACCACAAAAAAAAAUCUUAUUAGAAAGGUGCCUUAGUAAUAGACCUUUGCCUGUUCUGGCUAGCUGGAAUUAAUUACUUUGUAAGGAUUGCUUUGUACAGUGGACACUUUUUUUUUUUUUUUUUAUAGUACUUGUUAAUGGGAUCUAACUUUUAUUUAUAAAUUAUUCCCUCUUUAGGCUAUCAAACGUCGCAAUGUGCGUCAUGAGGACAGCGGCAAGCGUCCUGAACGCCGGCGCUUGAAGACAACCCGUUUAAAGGAAUACACUAUCAAGUCACACUCUAGUAUGCCACCUAACAACACCUAUGUGAACUUUGAAAGGUUUAGCCAUGUGCUGGAGGAACUAGGUGCAGCAGAAGAUGCACUUCGUGAUCUUCAGAAGAGUCAGGCCACAUCCCGAGAAGACCUCUGCGCCCUUCGCUCAAUUUAUGAAGAGAAGGAAAGUUGGUAUCGUGAGGAGCAAGAGGCCGUAGGGCGCCAGUUGUCAGGUUUACGUCAGGAGCUACAACGUGGGGAGAAUCAGCGUCGCCAAGUUCAGGAAGACCUAAAGGGUACAAUGGCCAAUGCUAAUGGCCUUAGGAGACGCUUUGGCCGAUUAGAAAACCGAUAUGAAACGUUAACAGCUCAGAUAACUGCAGAGAUGAGUUUUGUAGAAGAGUUACUAAAAACUAUAGAAAAAGAACGGAUAGAACAGAUGGAUGUCAGAGGAGUGUGCUGAAAAGUGGAGGUUAUGAGCUUUUACAGAAAAUGGAAGUGUAGUGAAAGGGAAAAAUAAUGGGGUUGCUGAAAGAAAAAGAUUUAACUAACAGACCUGGUAGCACCUGUCUGAGUUUGUUGGGUACUCCAGGUCAAAAGAUAUUUUCUGAAAUAUAAUGGUGCUGAAAGGUGAAGAAAGGGUUUGUUCAACAAGUGUAAUUAAGAUGGGACUAAAAAGGAGCUUGCUUAAUUUAACCUAAAUUGCAUUUUCUUUCAUAUUCUCUACUAAGCUAGCUCUUGCUGCAUGGAAUUAUGUACACGGUAUACAGGUGCUUCAUGGAUAUGAAGUAUAACUUCUAGGCUUUACAGAACCUACCAUGAAUUAACCAGAAUGAUGAUGAAAUAAACUGUGCUUUUCUAUGGGGCUUGUGCAUGACUUUUUUCAGGUGUGGUUAUUGUAUGACUGUCACAGAACCUGCAAAAUGUAACCUUCUUAUUAAAUUUAAUUUUAUACAAAAAAAAGCUUAUGUUUUAACGAUAUGUUAAAUAUGUUUGUAACAUGUAACACUUCUAAAGAGUACUAUAUAUGAAAUGGUAAAUAAACCUCAAUUUUGCACAUGUACAGAUUACUCUGUGAUGCCACCAGGGGGCGGCGUUUACUUGCGCACUAUUAAACAACAUUUCUCUCUUAACUUUGUCCCGAUUCUAAAGAAGAAUUGGGAACUGCUUCUAUAAUGGCAUCCUCUAUAAGACUACUUCUUUUUUUUGAAGGGCAUUUAUAUAUUUGUAGAUCCUGUCUGUCUGCACUUGGAAAAACAGAGGUCCAAGUGUUUGUUACUGUAGGACAGGAGAUGGAAUGUUGGUCAGAGUGACCGACACUAGGAUUUCACAUCUUGGUGAAGAGUUUGUUUUCUGUCUCACAUGCAUCUAACAAAAUUUACACAUUUUCUGAAAAGAUCAUGGAGAUUCACGAAAGGCAAUGUAGCAGCUCAGUAUGUGUAUGAAGUAAUGUGUCGGACAGAUUUAGUGCCCGAUUUUGUGUAUAAAAAAUAAAGCUUUAUAUAUUCCUGCGAUUAGUUUUUUUUUUUUUUUUUUUAAAUCUAGUAUCUACAGAGAAAUGUAUCUAGAAAAAGGGUCACAAAAGCUGUGCAAAGAUAGCAAUGAAUUAACUUGAUUUUUCAUUCGUUGGUGAAUUUUAGCAUACUAGCUGUGAAUAUAUAUGCGUACAAUUGGAUACAUCAGAUUACAUUUUCUAGUAAGUGGUUGCGAUUUUAAAUUAUAAAAUAAGCAGACAUUUGUGAACUAUGCCAGCUGUUAGGCUGGCUAAGCAUCAUGGGAAAUGGUGACUAUAAGUAACUUACCAUCAGUAUUGGAGACACUUUUAAUUAUUUUCAUGGCUGCCAUUAAUAUAACGUAUUUUUACGAGAUGAGCCAUUGCUACAGUGACAUACCAUAUGUACUCAGGUGCAGUAGCCUACAUGGCAUGUACAUAACAGUCACAUAAUCUGCUCUGUAGUACAAACACCAGGAAGAGGCAUAGGCAGUUUCUUUGAUUUUCACAAUGCAAUGUUACUUUGCUUUAAACCUCGACAUAUUUCCAGGUCAAAGCAAGAGUUCACACCAGGCUUUAAAGAGGCACUUUUAGUACUGAGGUAGAUGUAUACCUCAAUGGCUAACUAAAAGUUAACCACGAGUUUUAUGUUUUUACAUAUCUGGCUAUUUGGGUGCAGGCAAGAUAUUCCAUGUAGAUUUAAGGGACACUCUAGUCACUAUAGCAACUUCAUCUCUCUGAAUUGGUUAUAGUGCCUGUAACCCCUAGGCAUUGUCCCGCCAAUGUAAAACCACUUGAGAGCAGUUUUAACAUUAAGGGUCCCUGGCCACCACAGUCCAGCCCCUUCUGGAGGCUGGGUUGUGGGUGGCCAGUGUGUAAUCUGUGGCUAAGGCAGAGAUUACACACUUCCUUGUAGUCAUUCCCUUCAUACUGUCAGUUGAAGCUCUGAUAUGCUUAAAGCAGUCAGCUUACACUUUUAGCCCAUCAGAGGUGUCCAUCGCUUCUCAGGCUAAUAUGUCCUCAUUAACCAAAGCAGCACAGAAGGGAUGGGCUGCUGGUGACUCACAUUUAGCAUAAAAAAACAGUUUAAUGCUGAAUUAAAUAACAGUAGCACAGGACUCCAGACACUAGAACCAGUUUAAUGAGAUGAAGCAGACACCAGUGUGUCUUUAAUCCCUGCUGUACAAUACACAAUGCCACAUGUACACAAACUGCACUAUUGAAGACCUUUACAAAUGCAUUUUUUAUGGCAUUUCUGUACAGAUAAGUCACACUGAGCAUGUAGGGAUGCAGAGGUAUGGCUAGGGGGAAGUUGUUCAACCUCUGUAGCACUACACAUUCCUGUACAUGUUUCAAAAGCAUUUACUAUGUGAGGAGAAGAGGACCAAUGGCCAGAGAAGUGACCGUUCUGCUUUAAGUAUUAUGUCUACCAAUUUCUUUAGCUUUUGGCUCUCGGUACAGUAUAGGGAACAUCCGCUCAGUACGAACAUUCUCACACAGCGGUUCUGUAGGGAACACUGAUGGCUUGCAAAUUCUAUAAGGACAUUUUAAGCCAGUAAUUCAAAAUGGCAGAUUUGAAAAGCAUUCAAGUAAGAAAGGGAAAUGGAAAUGUUUGCCUUUGUCAGUUACAUUUUGCUGCCAGUUUGUGGGGGGGUUAUUUUGUGUUGAGGUCAUUUUGUUUAGGGGUGACCACUAGCAUGAAUUUCCUCUUUAUUGAACCUAAUCACCUUCAAGAUGUUUGACCUUCUAGGGCUUACCAUUAAGAAGUACUUCAUUUAAAAAAGUUACCUUUUUAAGUCACAACUACAAUGUUUAAAAAUUAUCUUUUUUUUUUUUUCAUCUUUAACCCCUUCAGGACUGGACUGUUUUGGCCAUGUUGUACAUUAAGGACCAGAGCUCUUUUAACACUUUUGUGGUGUUUGUGUUUGGCUGUAAUUUUCGUCUCUCUCAUUUACUGUUCCCAUACAAAUUAUAUAUUGUUUUUUUUCAGGACAAAAAGGGCUUUCUUUACAUACCAUUAUUUGUAUCAUGUGAUAUAAUUUACUUUAAAAAAAUAAAAU